GUGCUGCUUUGCAAGUUGCCACUCUACAGGAGGCAUUGACAAGCCGCGAGCGACGACGAACGACUAUGGUGGUUGAGCUAUGGAAAGGGAAGAAAGAGAGAAAGAGAGAGAAUCAGAGAAGUCCACAUCAAUCACUUCCAAACGACUCUGUUUAAAUUCCCCUGUACACGAUGUUGAUGAAGGUUACCUAAACACCGAUCGAUCCGCCGGAGGAGCAAUUUGCCGUCGUUUGAUAGAAGAUAUGCGAAAUGUCGCUGGUUCAGCCUCAUCUCGAGGCAUCGUUGCUGUUGUUGGCGUUGGUCCCAAGCUCGGCCGUUCAAUCGCUCGCAAAUUCGCUCACGAAGGUUACACCGUCGCCAUCCUCUCUCGUGACCUAGAUAAACUAUCGUCAUUAGCCGAAGAGAUAGCGAGGGAGGAGAAAGCGCAGGUGUUCGCAAUACGAAUCGAUUGUUCCGAUUCGCGAAGUGUGAAGGAGGCGUUUGAAGGUGUCCUGUCUCUAGGAUUCGUGGAAGUUCUUGUUUACAAUGCUUACCAACCGCUCGUCACUAGCUGGCGUCCUAACUCCUCAAUCGAUAUUCCAAUCGACGCAUUCGAGAAAUCUAUCGCCGUUUCCUCUGUCGGUCCAUUCUGAUGGAAAUGCGCCACAACAGUAAACAACAAA